AUGGUGGCUUUCGGUUGCGUGCCACUCCCGCGCGCUCAGAACCCUGUCGUUACGACAGACGAGGGCGAGCCUCUCAUUCUCCCGCCGCUCAAAUUCGAUGGUCAUAAAGCGGCUGCAGACCGACACUCCUCGCAGAUAUUUAUGGCGGAUGGGGACGUGGUCCUCGCUAGACGACUCUACCAUGCGUCAUAUCAAGUAUUCCAUUUGGAGGCUUCACAGGGGACCCUGGAUACGCUCCGGGCGGGUACGCUUCUCAUCAAGUUUGCGAGUUUGUUAGGGUACCGACUGGAAGCUUCUUCACUUGUCAGCUAUAUCGUGCGAAAAGCACAAAUUCAGAGUUGA